AAAAAGGGACUAAAUCAUCAUAUUGAGAAGAGACACCACCGAUCGGGUCACCGCCUGUUUUGUGGAAAAGCCACAAAAUGUUCAACAAAUGCAUAAUAAUACUCUGCAUGACGUCAAUAAUUAACGCCCAUUUCAUCAUUUAUGAUCUAACAAAAAAUCCACUAGCGAUAAUUCCUCUUGGAAAAGCUCAAAUCAAAGUAGGACAUCUGAGAAUACUACACCCUUUUAAUAUACAACAAAUAGAAGAUAUAAUUGACACAAAUUACGUAGAUCUGGCAUACAAUGUAGACUCAGGACCCCUAUAUAGCAUUAUACACUUAAAAUUACAACGUUUACACGAAACAUUUUGUAAAAUCAAACCUAAUGCAGUGCGAAGAAAACGUUGGGAAGCAAUUGGCACAGUUUGGAAAUGGAUCGCAGGAAAUCCGGAUGCUGAAGACCUCCGUAUAAUCAAUUCAACACUCAAUUCAUUGAUCAAACAAAACAACAAACAAGUGUUGAUUAACGAAGGAAUAAACUCUCGACUCCAAGAUAUAACUACCAUUGCAAACAAUGUCCUCACCCUCGAGCAUGAACGAUUCAAACAGAGAUCGAUUGAGUUACAACAACUCAUCAUAAUAUCAAAUCUCGACUCUUUGCAAAAUCAUCUUGAAAGCAUUGAGGAAGCUAUAAUAUUGGCAAAGCAUGGCAUUCCAAGCAGUAAAAUUCUGAGUAUGGAAGAACUCAAAGAAAUGAUGAAUUUCCUAUCAGAACACAAUAUCUCCAUAUCAUCACCAGAAGAAAUGCUGGCAAAAUCAACAGCACAAGUAACAAUGAACACCACACAUGUAAUUUACAUGUUGAAAUAUCCACAAACAUCUAAGUAUACCUUUGAGUAUAAUUACGUCAAUUCCAUAAUCACCAACAAAAAAAGGAUACUAUUGAGACAGAAUCACUUCAUCCAAAACCAAACUCAUAUCUUUGAAUUAUUACAACCAUGUAAAGAAGAAGAUAGAGAUCUGUAUAUUUGCGCAAGUGAAACUCUACAACAGCCUUCGGAAUGUGUACAGAGAAUUAUACAAGGAAACCAUUCUGAUUGCGUUUUCGAAAAAGUUUAUUCCGAUGGAAUAAUAAAGAGAAUCGAUGAAACUAAUAUUCUCAUAAACGACGCAAUCGCCGAAAUUUCCUCAAAUUGCAGUAAUAUAAACCAACAACUACAAGGUUCAUUCCUCAUACAGUUUAGUAAAUGUAGUCUAUACAUUAAUGGAGAGGAAUUUACGAACUUCGAAACUACGAUACCCGCAAGAUCAUAUCACCCAACCCUUGGGCUGAUGGCAACAGAAGUUAACGUAAUCGAUGAACCACCUGCAAAAUAUCUAAAUAAUCUCACAUUAGAACACCGAGAUAAACUAAAAACAAUUAGUUUGCAAAAUAACUCACUUUCCUGGAAGAUCAAUCUAUUUGGUUCCCUAAGUGGAAUAGCAAUUAUUGCUAGUAUCGCAGUAUUCAUAUUCUGUUUCAUCUCAAUAAAACGAAAACAGAAUAUAAGUAUCCAUAUGCCAAGCAAUAUCACACCAAUGGAAAAAGCCGAAACUUAUGACAAGAUGCCAAUAUCGUUUCAU